GCAAUCUAUUAGACACGGCAUGUUUAGAGGGAGAUCUCACCGGGUCUGAGCCCAGAUUCGCUUCUUUCUCGGUCAAACGAUCCCCGAUCCCCCAACCCUACGCCGCUUCUUCUCCCUCUUUUCUCAGAAAGCAUCUUUCGCUUCUCGCGAAGACGCCAAGAAGCCGACUUCUGUGAAUCCAAAGUCGAAUAACCGAGUCUUGGUAGUUUUAUUGUUGACGGAGAAGUUGGAAGCAAAGGUCCGUCUUCGUCCUUUUCUCUGUCGAGAGGGCGGGCGGAGAUCGGCGAUCGGAUGGCGCCCAAGAGCGUGCUGCUGCCGGUGUCCGAUCACCCGCGGGGCGGCGGCGACGAUGACGCCCUCUUCAAGGGCUCCGCCAUGUCGAAGCGAGGCGCCUACGCCGCCCUCUCCUACAUGACCUGCGCCGUAUUUCUUGUGAUGUUCAACAAAGCAGCCCUGUCUUCAUAUAAUUUCCCUUGUGCUAAUGUCAUAACUCUCUUUCAGAUUAUAACAUCAACAUGCAUUCUUUAUGCAAUGAAACGCUGGAAAAUCAUUUCAUUUACAGUUGGGGAACCAUGGAGUGCAUCUGAUACAGCAAGCCUUGUACCAGUUGAGACUUGGUUGCGUACUCUUCCGCUUUCAUUAGCAUAUUUGUUUUACAUGCUGGCUUCCAUGGAGUCUGUGCGUGGGGUGAAUGUUCCAAUGUACACUACCCUUAGACGUACAACUGUGGUAUUUACAAUGAUUGUGGAGUAUCUAUUGACUGGGCAAAAUUACUCUUCUCCUGUUGUUGGCAGUGUGUCAUUGAUUGUUUUCGGAGCAUUUGUUGCUGGGGCUCGCGACUUAUCCUUCGAUGCCUAUGGCUAUUCCAUUGUCUUUAUAGCCAAUAUCACAACGGCAAUUUAUCUUGCAACUAUAGCCCGUGUUGGAAAGUCCAGUGGUCUCAAUAGCUUUGGUCUCAUGUGGUGCAAUGGAUUAGUCUGUGGACCAAUUUUGUUUUUCUGGGCAUAUAUUCGGGGUGAUUUGGAGCUGACAAUGAAUUUUCCUCAUCGUUAUUCUCCUGGAUUUCAGGCUGUGAUGCUCCUUUCUUGUAUAAUGGCAUUUUUCUUAAACUACAGCAUCUUUUUGAACACAACCCUGAAUUCUGCAGUCACACAGACGAUGUGUGGUAAUCUAAAGGAUCUCUUUACUGUUGGAUUUGGCUGGUUAGUGUUUGGUGGACUUCCUUUUGACCUGCUCAACAUUAUUGGCCAGUGUCUUGGUUUUGUCGGCUCUGGCUUGUAUGCGUACUGCAAACUGAAGGGCAAGUAGUAUUGAUCAGCUAAUGGCUAUUUAUUGUGACGGUUAUCCCUAUAUGGAGUUUAAGGUUGCCUUAAAGAAUACAAGCGGCUACCCACGGCUGUGGGGAUUAUUGGGGUGAUCUAACAAGAUUUUCUUCAUGAAGUAAUUAUUGAAGCCAAAUUCUUGGCGGUGCCAUGAAGGGGGAUAAUUUUUUGUAUAUGUUGUUUAUUUCUUUUGAUCAGAUCAAUAUAUCUAUGUACUGAAAAAAAGAACAUGAUCAAAUGGGUAGAAGAUAUGUACUUGUUUGACCAACAGAUAAGAGCAAGAUAUACCAUUUUGAUAUCGAGCUUCGUACCGGUGCCACACUAUUACUGUAUAGGUACAAUACGGUAUGGGGUCAGUUUAGCGUACCGAGUGUCAGCACAUCUUAUACCGUAUACCGGUACCGAAUCGGUAUAGUUCGUUCCGUACCAUCCGGUACAGUAUGGUAUGUUCCGUACUGUCUUGUUUGAUGAGUUGACUCGUGGCUUUGGUGUUCUAGGUGAUUGGCAGAAUUUCAGUUCACUGAUUUUACGUCAUCAAUUUUUCUCCAUGAUGUAUUUUAGAUAUGUGUUUCAGUGGUUCAUCAUGGUAAUUAAGCAACAUGAUGCAAUUAAGCUUUUUUUU